AUGACUCGAUUAUUCCUCUAUGCCAUUUUCUUAUUACUACUCAAUGUAUUCGUCGUCACAUCGAUCGCCAAAUUUCGUGCAAAUCACCAGAAGUGUGCUGCUACAAUUUUCGAUUUGAACGAACUUGUGCAGAGUAAAAAUACGUUUAAUCUUCUCAAUCAACAUCUUAAUUUAACACUAUAUCAAAAAAAUUUAUUACCGAAAAACGUUCAAGGACAACGACGACCUUCCUCUUCGGUGAGUGGCGGUGAUGUUGGUGGUAGUGGCAAAGUACAAUAUUCAUGUACAGAAGAAUGGAUGAAACUAACAAGACCAUUUUUUGGCUCAUUAACAUUGGCACAAGAAAAAGCGCUGAAAACAUUUGUGGCAGAACGGGAAAAUAGCUGUACAAUGUGUAAACGACGACCAAAAAGAUCGGUGGGAUCUUUACUGGAUAAAAUGAAGGCUGGAUUCAAUGGUGCGGCAAUGACGGUAACGUGGUACGCAAUCUUCUGUUGCCUUGCACCUUUCGGCCUCAUUAGCGAGUUAAUCACAAAAUUAGAAAAGAAGGGGUGA